AAACCGCGCUUAACCACUGCCUGUCCUUUCUUAUCCGACCCCACUCAACAGAAUUUCUUAUAUCCUCCACGCGCGCGCCCCUGCCUAUCCUUCCCUCGCUUCGUUUUCUUAUGCCUCGUUCGGACCCAAAAAGUAGUACCUCCUCAAAGGAUCCUUCUACUUCCAAUGCACCGUCUUUCACUCCUCAGGGUCACAGCCCGGCUCAGAAGAAGAAGCAUGUUUGCCCUACCUGCGAUCGUGCGUUCACGACUAGUGGUCACUUAGCACGCCAUUCAAGAGUUCAUACUGGAGAGAAGAACCACAAGUGUCCGUUUCCUGGUUGUGAAACACGUUGCUCGCGUCAGGAUAACCUUCAACAACACUAUCGCAUCCAUUUAUCGUCGGGUUCUCGCCGGUCGUCUCGUUCUGGUGUUUCUCGAGCAAAAUCUUCCGUUGGAAACUCAAAACGAACAUCCAGCUCCACGGUUCUACAACCCUCGCCUCCCGCAUCGGUUCCCCCUCCCCCAGAUUCACCACCACCGCUAGAACAUGCCCGCGUCUAUGUUCCUCAAGCUCCUUCUCCCCCAGAUUCACCACCACCGUUGACCCAAGCUACUCUUCCUGCGACCGUGAUUCACGCGCACAGACAUUCAGCUUCACCCACCCUCGAUACUUCGUACUCAUACGAUCACUCCUCCGUCCCUCCGCUUUCAGCAACCUCUAUGGCCCACAGCGGCGAUCAUACCUCCUCGCAUUCACCCACUUAUCCUUACCGAAGCAGCAAUACCACUUACCAUGAACAAGCCGGUCGAAACAGCUUUCCUUAUGUCCAUACCUCUGCACUCCCUCCCACUUCACAUUCUCCGACAACGUCAGAACCGAGCUAUCCUGGCACCUACUCUACACAAAAUACUCUUCCUACCAUCACCAAUUUAGCUUACUAUAAAGAUCUUUCGCCAUCAACCUCCCCCGCACCUUCCUCAUUCCCAUCGCGGCAUUCCAUCUCUCACAUUUCUCACAGUUCGUCCUCUUAUCCGAGCCCGGAGAGUACACAGCCUCCUGCUUUGUCUGCCCCGCCUUCUCCUGCAAGCGGUUCCUCGCAUUCGGUCUCUUCACAUACAUCUCCCUCUACCCCAGCUUACAUGUAUCAAGAUGACGGCACCGCCGCUCAAAGCCAAUACGAACCCGGGAAUGGGAUGAUGACAAGUGGCCACCAUACACACACUAUGAUGAACCACUCGGAGUAUUCACCCUCCUUAUCAGUGCACAGUGAAUCGUCGGUUAACCUUGGUCCAUCUUUGAGUCGGUACACUUCUCCACCUCCGAUUCUCGCUCCAAUUCAGGGUUACCAACCUACAGAUGACGGACACGGACAUCAUCGGAUGCCUAGGAUUAUGCCUUCGGAUGUCCGGAUUAUCGAUGAGCGUUAUGGACCGGGAAGAUAUAUGGAGGAUAGGCACUCGGGUUCUCAACAUGCGAUACAGCAUUCAGGUCUUUAUGGUCUUCAUCAGCAGCCUUUGGGCGCUGUUUCAGGUGGAUACGGGUACACUGAUAGUAUGGCGAUGGGACAUGGAGGCUGGAAGACGGAACCGGGGUUGCGAACCAGAGGUAUUGGUGCCUUGGUUCAGUGAUUCAUCGGCGGAAGACGUCGCUCGUUUUGAUUUCGUUCCAAAGAUUUUCUUGCAUAUCAUUUCUAAAUCUCCCCUCACCUUCGUCUUGUUUUUUUUGUGUGGGUUCGCCCUAAUUGUCUACACCAUACAUCAUUAUAUUAUUAACUCACGAUUUGCAACUACAGCUCGCUUGAUAUUCAUCUGGUUUGAACUUUUACCUAGAGCUAUCGUAUAUAAUCUUGUAGUUACUCCUGUGAAUAUGUACUUCCAACAAUUAAAGAGUCUUCCUGUUCGACACAA